AUGUCACUUACAGGCAGCUGGUUGUACCUGCUGUUCUUGUUGUGUGCAGGUGUAUGUCUUGCUUCAGAGCUGUCAUUCUUAUUGGAGCCCAGUGAUGUGAUAGCAGUGCGAGACCGUCCUCUCCUGUUGGACUGUCGGGUACAAGGAGAGGAGCCCAUAAUGGUGACGUGGAGGAGGAAUAGUGUACCUGUACCCAGCAGUUCACGAGUUCAGGUCCUGGCAAAUGGCACAUUAUGUAUCCAGAAUUUUCAAAAACGUAAAGAAGGCAUUGAAUCCGAUGUGGGCGAGUAUGAGUGUGCUGCCCAAAACAGAUAUGGCUUGCUGGUCAGUCGCAAAGCCAGAGUCCAAAUGGCAUCUCUGCCAAAGUUUCACACUCACCCAGUAUCCAUGAAGGUGGAUGAGGGAGGGGUUGCCCGCUUUCAGUGUCAGAUCAACGGGGUACCUGAGGCCAACAUUACCUGGGAGAGAGACAGAGUCGCACUUAACACCACGGACAACCGGUACACUCUGCUCCCGAUGGGUAUCCUGCAGGUGACUGGUGUGAGGCAGGCUGAUGCUGGAGUGUUUCGAUGUGUGGCCACUAACAUUGCAAACACCCGCUACAGCCACGAUGCUACACUCAAUGUCACUGGUGGAGCUGUAAAAACUUACAAAGAGCCAGUCAUCUUGUCAGGGCCCCAAAAUCUGACCCUCACUGUCCAUCAGACCGCCAUCUUGGAGUGCAUAGCCACAGGAAACCCGAAGCCCAUAGUUUCCUGGAGCAGGCUGGAUGGACGGUCUAUCGGAGUGGAAGGCAUACAGGUUCUUGGUACAGGGAACCUCAUGAUUUCGGACGUGUCGCUGCAGCAUUCAGGCGUGUAUGUUUGUGCUGCCAACCGCCCUGGCACCAGAAUGAGAAGAACUGCACUGGGAAGACUUGUGGUGCAAGCUCCUCCAGAAUUCCUGCAAUGGCCGCAGUCUGUGUCCAAACCUGCAGGGGGCAGUGCUGUGUUCACAUGUGUGGCUCAGGGUGUCCCAGAGCCUCACCUCAUAUGGCUGAAGAAUGGCAAAGUGCUUGUGCCUGGAAAUAAUGUUAAACUGACAAACAACAACAGUACUUUGGCAUUGACCCGUAUCAGCUCUGAAGAUGAAGCCAUUUACCAGUGCAUUGCAGAGAACAGCGCAGGCACCAACCAGGCCAGUGCUCGUCUGGCUGUAGCUCAGGCGAAAGAUCUCCCGGCUGCCCCACAGAGCCUCACUGCUAGUGUCCUCUCCAGCAACACUGUCCAGCUCACAUGGAACCAGCCUCCAGCUUCCAUCACUGACGCCAUCAUCGGCUAUGUCUUGCACAUCCGCAAGAUGGGAGAACCAGACAGCAUGGAGCUUCAGGAGGCCAUAAGCAAAGGCAACUUUCAACAUGACCUGACCAACCUGGAGCCAGCUACCACCUACUCCAUCUACUUGAAGGCCUACUCUCCUAUGGGAGCCAGUGACCAGUCCAACACAGUUGUGGCUACUACACUAGGAGGAGUACCCAGCGCCCCCACUUACUUCACCAAGGUGGUAAACUCUACUGCUGUGCAAGUGCUGUGGCAGCUCCCUUCUAAACCAGGCAAGAUUGAGGGUUUCCGGCUGUACUACCGCAGGGUCCCCAGUGCUGAUUUCCAGGGGCCCAUUCAAACAGCCUUCCAUGUUAAUGCUUUUACCAUCACCAACCUGGAACGAGAAGCAGUGUAUGAGAUAAAGCUGGUUGCCUACAACGGGAAUGGAGAGAGUGACUGCUCCAAAAGACUGGUUUCACUGGCAGAGGAAGGACCCAGUGCAAAAACCACUGGAUGUCAGUGUCGUGAGGGAGAUGCCUCUCUGGGCAGUGUUGUCAUUGGUAUUCACAUUGGCACCGCCUGCAUUAUCUUCUGUGUUCUCUUCCUCAUGUUUGGAUAUCGCCACAGUCUGUUUUGCAAUAAAGGAACCCAAGACAGCUGGUCUGUUCCCCGAGAAAAUGGCAAUGGCAUUCCCAAAGAUCGAGCUAAUUUAUCAAAAGUGGAGUCACAACCUCAGGUGGCACAAUGUCAGGUGGUCAUAGAGCGAAACACAGCAGGUUUGCCUGGUACUGGCUAA